AUGCAGGAUGCUGCUGACAUUGUCACCCGAUGCGUGGCCUACCAGAUGUUCGCAACUAAGCCGCAUGCCCCGGCCUCAGAACUCAAAACAAUAUCAUUGGCUUGGCUUUUUGCUCAAUGGGGACUCGACUUUGUCGGACCACUUCAACGAUCAAAAGAAGGGGGUCAUACUUUCCUGCUUGUCGCCAUCGACAAGUUCACCAAAUGGAUCGAGGCAAUGCCCAUCACAAACGCCACGGGAACGACUGCCGUGGCGUUCAUCCGCUCCAUCAUAUUCCGCUUCGGGGUUCCUCACAGCAUUAUCACCGACAACGGGUCAAACUUCUUUUCUAACGAGUUCCAGGACUUAUGCAAAAGAUGGGGAUCCACCUCAAUUACGCAGUAG